GUGAGCCAUUAACAAGACCACACACACAUACACAUGUUAAUGAAGAAAAACUUGUUUAGCCCUCUUUAUCUUUCUCUCCCUUUAGUUUCAUUUUCCCUCACUUUCUUGCAUUUUCUCUCCCAGUAAGUAAAAGAAAGGUUCUUGAGAUAAAGAAAGACAUAGCCAUUUGCUUUCUGCUUUAUUUUGUUUGUCUCUCUCUUUGCUUCUUUCUGUGUGCUUUCUCUCUCUAGAUUAAGAAGCAUAGAAUAAAGUGUUCUCAGAGAGAAUAAGAGAAGGGGAAAAAAGGGCAUUGCUUUGGGAGGUCAUUAUUCUCGAGGUCAUGGUCAUGGCCGUGAAGAAGCUCACAAUGUGCAAUAAUGUGUUAGUGGUUUUUUUGUUGUUGGGUUUGUGGGUUUGUUCUGUUAGUGCUUCUGUGUCUUAUGACUCAAAGGCUAUCACCAUUAAUGGCCAGAGAAGGAUCCUCAUUUCUGGAUCCAUUCACUACCCAAGAAGCUCCCCUGAGAUGUGGCCAGAUCUUAUACAGAAGGCAAAGGAAGGAGGAUUGGAUGUGAUUCAGACUUAUGUUUUUUGGAAUGGCCAUGAACCUUCUCCUGGAAAAUAUUAUUUCGAGGGGAACUAUGAUUUGGUCAAGUUUGUCAAGCUGGUGAAGCAGGCAGGCCUUUAUCUUCAUCUCAGGAUUGGACCUUAUGUCUGUGCUGAGUGGAACUUUGGGGGUUUCCCUGUUUGGCUCAAGUACAUUCCAGGCAUCAAUUUCAGAACAGAUAAUGGCCCUUUCAAGGCCCAAAUGCAAAGAUUCACCACAAAGAUUGUCAACAUGAUGAAAGCAGAAGGGUUAUUUGAGUCUCAAGGAGGUCCAAUAAUUUUAUCCCAGAUUGAGAAUGAAUAUGGACCCAUGGAAUAUGAACUUGGUGCACCUGGUCAAGCUUACACCAAAUGGGCAGCAAGUAUGGCUGUAGGUCUUGGCACUGGAGUCCCAUGGGUCAUGUGCAAGCAAGAUGAUGCCCCAGAUCCAGUUAUUAACACCUGCAAUGGUUUCUAUUGCGACUACUUCUCUCCAAACAAGCCAUAUAAACCCAAGAUGUGGACUGAAGCCUGGACUGGAUGGUUUACUGAAUUUGGUGGUGCAGUUCCUUACAGACCGGCUGAAGACUUGGCAUUUUCAGUUGCAAGGUUUAUUCAGAAGGGAGGAUCAUACAUAAAUUACUAUAUGUAUCAUGGUGGAACAAAUUUUGGGAGAACUGCUGGUGGUCCUUUCAUUGCCACGAGUUAUGAUUAUGAUGCUCCACUUGAUGAAUACGGACUACUGAGGCAGCCUAAAUGGGGCCAUUUAAAGGAUUUGCAUAGAGCAAUUAAAUUGUGUGAACCAGCGUUAGUAUCAGGGGAUCCAGCUGUGAUUCCACUUGGAAAUUAUCAAGAGGCUCAUGUAUUUAAGUCAAAGUCUGGAGCUUGUGCUGCAUUCCUUGCAAAUUACAAUCAGAGAUCAUUUUCAAAAGUGGCUUUUGGAAAUAUGCACUACAACUUGCCUCCUUGGUCUAUCAGCAUUCUUCCGGACUGCAAGAACACUGUUUACAACACUGCAAGGGUCGGCGCACAAAGUGCACAAAUGAAGAUGGUUCCUGUUCCUAUGCAUGGAGGAUUCUCUUGGCAAGCAUAUAGUGAAGAGACAGACUCAGAAGGUGACAAUACAUUCACAAUGGUUGGGUUGCUGGAGCAGAUAAAUACAACUAGAGAUGUCACGGACUACUUGUGGUACAUGACAGAUGUUAAUCUUGACCCCAGUGAAGGCUUUCUGAGAAGCGGAGAGUAUCCCAUUCUUAAUGUUCUAUCAGCUGGCCAUGCUUUGCAUGUUUUUGUCAAUGGUCAAUUAUCGGGAACUGCAUAUGGAAGCUUAGAAUUCCCAAAGUUGACAUUUAGUCAAGGUGUCAAGAUGAGAGCUGGUAUCAACAAAAUAUCUCUUCUCAGUAUUGCAGUUGGUCUUCCGAAUGUUGGUCCGCACUUUGAGACAUGGAAUGCUGGUAUCCUUGGCCCAGUGACAUUGAAUGGCUUAAAUGAAGGAAGGAGAGACUUGUCAUGGCAAAAGUGGUCCUACAAGAUUGGCCUUAAAGGAGAAGCAAUGAGUCUUCAUUCACUCAGUGGGAGUUCAUCAGUUGAGUGGACACAGGGAGCAUUUGUGUCCCGAAGGCAGCCACUUAUGUGGUAUAAAACCACUUUCAAUGCUCCAGCUGGAAAUUCUCCAUUGGCUUUGGAUAUGGGUAGUAUGGGCAAAGGUCAAGUAUGGAUAAAUGGACAGAGUGUUGGACGAUACUGGCCUGCAUAUAAAGCAUCUGGUACUUGUGGUUUCUGUGAUUAUGCAGGAACAUUUAAUGAGAAGAAAUGCUUAAGUAAUUGUGGAGAGGCUUCACAGAGAUGGUACCACGUCCCUCAAUCAUGGCUGAAGCCAACAGGGAACUUGUUAGUUGUGUUUGAAGAAUGGGGUGGAGAUCCAAAUGGGAUUUCUUUGGUUAGAAGAGAAGUAGACAGUGUAUGUGCUGAUAUUUAUGAGUGGCAGCCAAAUUUAAUGAAUUACAUGAUGCAAUCCUCAGGUAAAGUCAAUAAGCCCCUAAGGCCUAAAGCCCAUUUGGCAUGUGGCCCCGGGCAGAAAAUCUCGUUCAUUAAGUUUGCUAGCUUCGGGACACCAGAAGGGGCUUGUGGAAACUAUCAUCAAGGAAGCUGCCACGCCUUUCACUCUUAUGAUGCUUUUAACCGGCUCUGUGUUGGGCAGAACUGGUGCUCAGUUACUGUGGCACCUGAAAUGUUUGGAGGAGAUCCAUGCCCGAAUGUCAUGAAGAAACUAGCCGUGGAGGCCGUUUGCAGUUGAUGGCAAGUGGAGUAGUCGAAAUAGAGGAAAGAUUCCUGAUUAAUUUUCUCAAACUCCAACAGAGCAGCUUCAAUAUAUUAUUAUUAUUAUUUUUUGGGUAAAUUAAGCUUCAUAUAUAAGACUACCACCAUGACCACCACCAUUUAUUCGGCUUUGACAGGGUGAAGUUGUACAAAUAUACAGCACACCUUCUGAUCAAAGCCCACAUAGAUUGUGAAAAUGAUUGCACAUAAGCUCUAUGUAUAUAAGGCUCCCGAGCAUUUAAUGUUUAUGCUCUUCAUGCUGAAUGCAAGCAAAGGAGGAGUUUGGCAGAAGCACGUCGAGACUGAAGUUAAUCGAGUCCAUGUGCAAGAUUUAUUUAGUUUUAGAACAUGGAAAGCCUCUGGUUUCCUGUAAUCCUAUAUUUCCUUUUUAUUGCAUGUAGCUUCCUGGCAAGCAAUUGCCUCGUUGCUUUGUUCCUGUAAGAAAGUUUCUUGAGUUUUGUGGAAAUGAUACCAAAAGCUUAUCAA